AUGAACACAAGGAGUAGGGACUACGCAGCGAACCCCAGAUCUCCACCUAAACGAAAGAGACGUAAUCAACGCAAAACGAAUACAUUACCUGAAAUAAGCACGAACAGUGAAAAUCCACAUACAUCUUCCCCAUAUUUCUCUUACAAUCUUUCCGCUCUACCUCCAUUACCACCAUCCCUGUUAAACUUUAACUUAACGGAAUUGCCUAAUCUUCCUGAUUCACCCUCACUCACACCAACUCAGUCUCCACCGUGUGAAGAACUAUCUUUCCAAACUAUGUCAUUGAAAUCUAAAACAUCACCAAUUGAUCCUGCAUCUCCGGAUCUCACUACGUUACAUCACCUACCAGAGUCAACAACGCCCAAAUCGGAGUUAGUUGAAACUUUAUCUAAACUACAAUUACGAGAUACAGCACUUGUAUCUACCUACUCUGUUGAUCGCACUACGAAACCAUACCCAACGCUAUCUGAAAGAUUCUUCACGUCCGACCAGAAGAUCUUCGAACGAAAUCCCAAAAUAUUCCCAAAGAGAUACUUCAUACAUAACGUAUACAACAAGAUGUCUGAAUCGAAAUCAACCGAUUCACCAACUACGACUACGACGAAACCUGCUGCCACUCUGACAACUCAAGACAUAACUGAAGCGAAGGAGAAUUUAGGAAAUUAA